GUUCAGUGAAACUUGGACUCUGGAUGACCUUGCUGUCCUUGGCCUUCCUUUGCAACAUCCGUCUCAUAGAGACAUUACCUGCUAUGAGGCUUUGGCACAGCUUGGCCUUAUGCUGUGCCUUCGCUCUGUAGUGCCGUCAGCACGCUGGGUGGUCCGUCUUCGCACCUUGUCAGGGGCCGAGGCUGGCAUUCACAAGCUUUACAGCUCACAUUACCCCUUGUCAGCCUUUCUGCAGAGGCUUUGCGUGCUGGCCUGCGUUACUGGCAUUGAGUUAGACGUCAGUCACGUGCCAGGUGGAAAGAAUGAUGAUGCUGAUUGGCUUUCUCGCUGGGACGACCCCACCGUGCCAUUGCCUCAACAGUUUCAGGAGGACUACCGCGUGGACUGCAGCCUUGACAGGAUCUGGUUCUUCAGGUCCGAUGUGCGGCUUUUCCCUUCCAACGCUUUCCUGAAGUGGAAACCGCCUUGA